AUGAAAACCACAUUGGUGGUUCUGGCUUUGGCUGCUGCCUCACAGGCCGUCCGUGUGCCUCUGUGCUCGGCCAUCUGCAUGACCAACGGCAUUGCCGCCACAGGAUGCUCUGCCAGCGACACGGCUUGUAUCUGCACAUCGGAAAAGUUCUUCCCAACUGUCGCAGAAUGUGCUGAGGCCGACUGCAAUGCGGACAAGUCAGUUAUUGAUACCGCCGAAGCCUUUUGUGCCAAUGCCGGCAUUCAUGUCGAGGUGAAGAGAUGGGGUGGUGGGGGCCCUGGCCACGGUCCUCCUGGCCACGCCUUCGGUCCUGAAGGCCAUGAGUUUGGUCGUGGUGGCCGCUGGAGAGGUGGCCGCUGGAGACAAGGUGGGAAAGGGUACAAAGGAGGAAAAUGGGAAGGUUUCCAAGGUUGGUGGGGUGGUGGAGAGGAAAAGGGCUCGCCCGCACCACCUGUGAAGGGUGGUUCAUCUGACAGCACGACUGGAGGUUCAUCGGGAGGUCCACCUUCCGACUGGGAAGACUGGUCUUCUGGAGGAGGACGUCCACACUGGGGUGACCAUGGCAAUCCAUGGGAACCUCCCCACGAAGGAGGCAACCCACCUCACACACCGACAUCUCCAGACCAGCACCAUCCUCACCCUACUGGACCUUGGGAGCCGCCGACGACUGUCGUCUGA